AUGGGCAAAGUCAAGUUUACGGAACCUUUGGAGUUUCUAAACGUUGUGGGUUUGAACCCGGAGAACUGCUCAAACUUUUCGCUGUUUCGGAGAGUCAUUUCGUUGGGUUUUUUCCUGGUUGUGAUCACCCUUGGAUUAUUGGAACUGUUGCUACAUUUUGAAGGCCUUGAGACCUGUUCUCGGGCCUCUGAGGCAAUGAUCGUCCAAUAUCAACUGUUCAUAAAGAUUGCUGUUUUGCUCAAACACCGAAAAAAUCUGGUGGUUUUGAUGCAAAAGACUCGCAAGUUUUGGCCGCUUGAUAAGUUCGGACAAGACGCAAAAAUCGAACGUCCACAUAAAUUACUGAAAGCGUUUUUCUUCGCCUACAAGUUGAUAAUGAUUCUAAUGGCCUUGCAGUACAUUUUACGUAAAUUUGUCUCGAAAAAUGGCAAGCCUUUGGCUAUAGCGUUUGGGGAAAGUAAGGGGUUGUCCCCGAAAGUUGAUCAUUUGUAUUUUGUGCUUCACUCAACUUCGACGUUUGUGGUUUUGCACGCUGUUACUGGUUUUGACAGACUUUUCUUUUUUCUAAUUGGGCACGUCUUGACUGAACUGAAACUGGUAAAAAAAUCGUACAGAUUGACACAAAACCGCAGGGAAAAAUUUCUGGAAACUGUACAACACCAUGCCUUUGCGUUAGAAUUUGUAAGAAAAUUAAACCGAAUUUAUUCCCAAGUACUGCUGAAUCAGCAUUUGAGUUGUCUUUUUGGCAUCUGUUUUGGGCUAUUUUUGGUUUCAAAAGAUGGGAUACCACCUGACUUGGGACAUGUUACUAAAUACGUGCCCUAUGUAAUUUCAUUCAUAACACAAACUUUCACGUUUUGUUUUAUCGGUUCUUUGUUAAUCACCUGGUCUUUGCAAGUCCCUGAUGCAAUUUUCUACAAUGAUUGGGGCAAAAAUCAAGCUUAUAAAUACAAGACAGAUAAGAUUAUUGCAAUGAUUCGGGGCCAAAGAGCUGCGAAAUUAACACUUGGAGGUUUUGGGGAUUUGGAUUUGGAAAGUUUUAAUUUGGUAAGACUAAAGGACUCGAUUGAAUUAAUGCCAGGCGUGUUCCAGGUUGUCAAAAACGCAUUUUCCUUUUUCACGUUUGUCAACGCUAUGAAUCAGAAACAAUUUUUUGUAAUGAUAACUCGGUUAAUGGCCCAAUUUGCUAUAAAAGGAAGAGUCGGGACUGGGGGUUACAUUAUGGAUAAAGUCAAGCUAGCGCAGCCUCUGGCCCACCUCAACAUAAUCGGUCUAGACCCGUUGAAAAAUGACCGAUUUUCCAAAAUUCGGACCGUUAUCACGGUUGCGGUUUUCGCCCUGUGUAACGUUUUCUCCUUCUCGGAGUUAUUUCUUCACUACAACAACCCGCACGUGAUUGUGCGAAGCUCAGAAGUUGUGUUUCCGUUUUUCCAAAACGAUUGGAAGAUUGCAAUUAUGCUAGUAUACAAAAAAAAUCUAGCACAACUGAUUCAAAACACCUCCAGGUUUUGGCAAAUCGAUGCGUUUGGCAAAAAUUACCAAUACAGUAUGGGCAUAAAACACAAAUAUGUGCGAAUAUUUUAUUUGGUGUACCGAUUAAUGCUGAUGUUUAGUUGUUCGCAAUAUAUUUUGCUGACGAUUGGGAGCGACAGACCGAUGAUUUUGAGUUUUGGGGAAACUGGAGGUCUUGGUUCGGGAGCUUUGUUGUUUUAUUUGAUAUUUCAUAUUGUUUAUCUUUUAAUUAUUUUUAACGUAAUUAAUGGUUUUGACGGUUUGUUCUUCUUUCUUGUGGCUCAUGUUUUAUCGGAGCUGCAGAUGGUCAAAGUUGCGUUCAGUAGCUCGAAAGUGAUCACGUUUUGGAAUCACAAAAGGAGGUUCAAGUCGGCCAUUCAACACCAUAGAUUUGUGUUAGAUUACAUCAAUCGGCUUAACUCAAUUUAUUCGAUAUUGCUACUGAACCAGCACAUUUCGUGCCUGUUUGGGAUUUGUUUCGGUUUAUAUCUUUUCAUAUCAGACGGUUUUCCGCCAGACUACGAACACAUUUCGAAAUAUGUUCCCUAUGUUAUUUAUUACAUUACCCAAGUUUGGGUCUUUUGUUUCGCAGGCCAGUUAAUAAUUGAUUGGAGUGUUAACAUUUCCGAUGAAAUAUUUUAUCACGACUGGACUUUAAACAGAACCUACGAAAAUAAAACCGAUAAAUUGAUUAUUAUCCAAAGGGCACAACAUGCUGCGAGAUUAUCUUUAGCAGGAUACGGAAAUCUAGAUCUACAAAGCUUCAAUUUGGUUUUGAAAAAUGGGCUGUCGUUUUUCACGUUUGUGAAUGCUGUUAUUCACAAGUAGAUAAGAAUUUCAGCAUGUACCGAAAAUUAAAGCAUACUUCACGUAAUUAGGGACUUUAGAAUGAAUAAAUAAAUAAAUAUUUCUUGUCAAUUGUUGUCGUUUUAUUUUUCAUAUUCCUUUCUUUUCAUUAGGCCAUGUGUCCAUUAUUGACCUUUAAAUGUUAUAAAAGUUGAAUGAAUUAUAAAUGGAACACCCUAAUUAAAUAAUUACUCAAAGGAUAUGUAACUUUAAACAUAACAAAAAUUUGUUACUAUUGUUUCAGUAGUCGAAAAUUGAAAUCUUCAGCUAAUAAUAACUUCGCUGUUAUCUUUACUCCUUACUAAUUAAUAAUAAUAAAUUUUUAAAAUGCGUGUCUUCGUCAAAAAAAAUCAAAUUAUUCCAAAAACCAAGCAGAAUCCAUUAAAAUUAAAAUUAAAAUCAUCAGUGUUAAAAGUUACGCCCAAAAAAAUAUAAGUUUGUAUUGUAGCUCAUUUUUGGAACAGAACUGUUUUUUUUUUUUAGAAAUAAAUUACUAUUUACAAUCAGGUGUUUCCCCGAACAUUUACCCAAUAUUAAAAAAUAAAUUGUUAUUACAAACUCCUCUUUUUAAGCAAAAACUAAACAAAUUGUUCGCCAUUUAUUCGCACCUAAGACGAAAUCUCGUCUGUGAGAAAGACCAGCCCUAUAACUGGUUUGACUGUUGUCUCAUUUGUCCUACGAAGUAAUUUGACCAAUAAAAGUGUAGAAAUUACCUGCUACUUGUUUAUCUGGUACACAAAAAAUUGCAAGACGAUUGAAGCGGCUGUUAUUGGGUAUGGGAGGGAGAUUGCACUCCCAACUGUAAAACAGGCCAAUCACAAGCAUUUAAAAAGGCGACAAAAACUGGUGUUUGAUUAUUUUGUAAAUGUCGGCCAAACCACCUGGAAUUUCGCCGUUUUCUAAGAAAAUUUCAAGUUUUCUAUUACACUUGAGUUCAAAAAUUGUGGAUAAAUUGUGGAUCGAUUUGUUUUUAUUAAAAAUUAAUUCUCGCAAUUAGUUCGUCUCCAAACUCAGACAUUACACACGUUUUCAGCGCAAAUAACCGAAUUGUUUCGCAAGAUCUUCUCACAAAACUCAAAAAUGUAGCAAAUUAGGUCACAAAUUUUGCUGAAAUUAACUUUUGAAGUAAAAUUUCUUUUUAGUUAUUACUUUUAAAUCAGGCAUUUAAGAAUUUAUGUUUUUAGAAAAAAAAAUUAACAAUCUUUGAGAUGUAAAAACAAAAUAAAGGUUUUUCAUUUUCCUUUUUCAAAUUAUUCAACUCCUAACAAAUCUCUAAUUUUUUUCGCAUUUAAACUUUGAACUUUCCUCUUGUAUGCCAAAUAAAUUAAAAACAAAAAAAAGGUCAAUAAUGAACUUUUCCAACUUGCAGGAGGUUGCAUUAGUAAAAAAAAUAAUGACCAUAAAUAAUAUAAUACCAAUGAGUUUUGUAUUUAAAAUUUAGUAUACACCUGUACCUACCCACCAAAAAUCGAUUAAAAAUGACUCAAUUUUCUCAGAAAAGAUUA